UAUUCGAUGAUUAUUUCCGAGAUGAAACUCGAAGAGAUAUUUUGACAUUUGACAAUCCUUCAAUAUAUAUUCCAAAUUUGCAUUCUUUGUGAUAUAAAUAAUAGACAAAGUUUCGAAUUUAGUGUCCGAAUAAAUGUAUAUAAAAUGUAUAUAAAAAUUUGACAAGUUAUAAACGUUGAAAUCCUACGCGAAAAAGCGUGAUCGAACCGAAGCCUAGAGCAUAAAGCUUCAAUAAUGUAGCGUCCGCGAAAAGGAAGAUGUUUUCUCGCGCCUCGCGAGAGGCGCGACCGAGGUUUCCCGCCUAGAGAAUUUUUCCGCUUGACAGCUGGCAACCUGGAUAUCGAUUGUCAUUAUUUAUAUCGUACGUUUCCUCUUCAGUCAUCGAUUCACUCUUUUUACAUUUUACAUUUUUACAGUAAUGAGAGAGUUAAGUUUUUCCCACGGGCGUAUGGUACUUUAAGUUAGCCCCCACAUGUGUGAUCAUAGGUGUUGUUGAAGGGGAGUCGAGCGUGCGAAGAGAAUGACGGAUAGCCAGCAGCAGUUUUGCUUGCGGUGGAAUAACUUUCAGGCGAACAUCACGAGCCAGUUCGAGGCGCUGCGAGAUGACGAGGACUUCGUCGACGUUACCUUCGCGUGCGAUGGCAGGCGACUCCAGGCGCACAAGGUCGUCCUUUCCGCGUGCAGCCCUUACUUCAAGGAACUGUUCAAGACAAAUCCUUGCAAGCAUCCAAUAAUUUUUAUGCGAGAUGUUGAGUUUGAACAUCUACAGUCGCUAUUGGAAUUUAUGUACGCUGGAGAGGUAAAUAUCUCGCAGGCAGAAUUACCUACAUUUCUACGUACAGCUGAAUCUCUUCAAAUUCGUGGCCUCACCGACUCCCAAAAUAAUCAGCACAACAACGAAAAGCAUUUGAAGACAAAUAACAUCCAUGCAUCAAAUGGCCGUGAUCUGAUCUCACCGAGCUUUGACGAUGAACGCAGUAGAACUCCACCACCUUCGAGCCCUCCACCACUGAAAAGGCUGUGUAAAAAAAGUGAUUCACCUCCAACAAUUUCUAGUCCAACACCUUCUAUACCGCCUUGUGCUACUAUUGCACCUCGCUCGCGCCCACUUAUCGAGCCUCAAGUUCAGCUCGAUUGUUAUAAAGAUCUCGAUAUUGUUGAGCCAAAAAUAGAAUUACCUGAAUAUGGCAGUGAUGACGAUUGCUCACCAAAACAAGAAGCUAACACAUUACCCAGUGGAUUUCUCAGCUUGGAUAGUGGUAUGGAAGUAUUGCCAUCCUAUCCAUCAUCUUAUCAAGGAAACCAAAAUGUAGAAGGAGGAAUGCCAGGUCCAUCAGGUCAUGGGACUACGGAAUUAAAUCAGGAGCAGCAAGCGCGAAGAGUACGUCGCGGUAGACCGCGACUCGGAACCAGAGGUGGCAAACAUCCAUCGCCGUCCGUUCGCAGAAAUUCGCCCUCCAGGAGCGAAUGGCUACCCUUGGAUAUGAGAACGACUCCGCCAACCGCGAUGCCUGCCUUCCGUGGAUUCGAAGAAUUUUCGUCGGACGGUGUGGUCCAUUUAGGUGAGGGUAUAGCUGUCUGCGAGGAGCAGCUCAGAGCCGUCAAAUGGAGUGAUUAUCGCAAGUUGACACGUGGAUUAGCCGCGAUAUUGUUCAGCCCGACGGAGCUGGCGACGUGCUCCGUCACAGGUCAACGUUGGAGCCGCGCUGGCACAGCUACCGAACGUCCUGUCAAACCUGCCCUCGAUAAGGCUAAGGUUCAAGCCAUUAUAUCUUACGUGACGUCGAGGUUUCCGUCAGUGGACGUUAGCAGCGUGAAACAGGUCUUAGCAUAUAAAUGCAAAGAGAACUCCACCGCUCUCAAGAUGAAGUCUAUACGAUACAUAUGCGAUAGACAGGAUACGGACACGUCACCGCGAGGUGAGUCCGAGGACAAGUGAGAGGGGGUACAGGGUGCGUGCAGGGUGCAGCCUGCCUCUCAGUUCCGUCGCGUCCUCCCGCACCCUUCAUCCAACACGGUUUACUCGCCGCAACGCUCGCAGCAAGAUCGUGGCGAUUAUCGUAAUAAUAAUAGUGACAAACAGUGCGUCGACGAGCACCUAAGACGCGAUCACGAGGAAGGGCACGGAGGCGAUUUGUCUCUCGCGUCAUCCACGCAGGCAGAUCUCGAAAAGCUGAUGCCUCUGCACACGCUUCACGGCGCAUUUCAUUCCACCCUACGAACGGCGACGGCCUCAUACAUUUAAUUACUGGUUUAAGCCCAGUCGAACAUGGAGUCGAGAAGGUGUGAUCAUCCUACAGGAUAGGAUAAAGUACGGAGAUCCGAGGAUGGUAGACAAGGUUUGAUGAAAAGAGAGCUGAAAUAUUUCGUUGAUCGUUUCGAAAUACGAUUUAGACGAUAUUUCAGGAUAUUCAUUAACUUUCUUUAUUUCUUUUUUGCUAUGGAAAUCGCGGAGAUUUUAUUAGCAGGGAUGGUUGAUUUUUUCUUAACGUUCUACAGGGAAAGAUUUAUUAAUCGUGCUUGCGUAUUUUGAAAAAAUACGAAAAUGAAGCGUGACAGAUAAAUCUGUUUAAUAGAACGUGUAUGACAAGUUCGCGAGAAAUAAUAGAAACGUGUUAUUUCGAGAAGAGAAAAAUUAAGAUAGAUGGAAAUGAGUGAUUGCUUGAUAAAACUUUAUAAUACAGCGAGAUUAGCUGCAUUAUAAAAUAAUAAAGUCAUUAGUAUCGGGUUAUUAUGUUUAGACUGUACAGUCAAUUAUAUUCAUAUUGUUAAUUUAUCAUGAAUUUCCUUUCCUUAUCGUAAAUUAUCUUCUCCAUCUGCACUCUUGUUUUAAUGGUGAUCGUGAAUGCAUGACAGACGAAAGCAGCGUAGGAGAGGAAGUUUACUUUACGGACAUUCAAUAGAUUAUACAAUAUGGACAUUUGAUUGUAAUCAGGGAAGUUUUUAUUACGUUUAUUAAAAAUUUGAGAUAACGACGAGGGAUUAUUACGCGAAUGCGUUCUUGCCUGAAAAAGUCGUUCCUUUGUGUACGCGCGUUUCUUCUGUUAACACAGGUGCUUCUGAUUCAAAUAAUGCAUUUCUUUUUGUCUGCGCGAUAAUAUGGAUUUUUCAUAUGUAAGAAAGAAAGCUGCAUGGGCACACAAAGAUAUUAAAGAGACGCGACACGAAGGAACGAUUCGGUGCAAGAAUGCAUUAGAAUUUAUUUGGUUUCGGCUGUGAGCUACGACCACAUGCGAAGGAGGAGAUCCGUGUGGCUCUAAUGAAAGAGAACGCACCCUUCUAGAGUGAAGGUGGGUGAUAAAUAGUGAGAAGGCAAUAUUAUAAAGAAAA